AACACGUGCUUGGUCAGGGCAGAACCACGAACUGGACCACGAAAUCGAACGUGGUUUGGUUGUACUUGCUUUCGAUUGUGCUUCAUAAGUCUCAGAAGUCACGAAAUCGAACGUGGUUUGCUUGUACGUGUUUGCCAGUGUACUUGGAGUGGCCAGUCCCUUGAAAAUGGAUUGUGACUACUCUUCGCACCUGCUUGUGUAUUCUGCCGUCCACACAUACAUGGUCCUCUUCAUUGGGGCUUUCACGAACGGCGUGGCCCUUUGGAGCAUAGCCACUUGCAAGAAGACGAAGACCUCCAUGAAGUUCCUGCUGGUGCCUGUCUUCCUGUCUCCGCUCGUGAACAACCUGGUGUGUCGACCUAUGGAGGCAGAACUCCUCUUGGGUCUGCUCAAGUGUGACUUCGGUCGACUGCCGGACCGAGCCAAGACGGCGUAUUUCUUCGUCUAUGUCUUCCUCACUUAUUUGGAACUCAUGGUCAUAGCCGCAGUGUCGGUGUUCAGAGCUGCGGCUGUCUGGGCCUCCAACGCGUACGACUUGAGCAAAGGCUUGGCUGCGACUGUGGUUGUUGGGAUCUGCACCUACACUUUCCUGAUUCCGACUACGGCGCUGUUCGUGACUUCGGAACGCCGUAUUCAGGCAGUCAUACUCAUCCUCAAUUGUGUCAUACCGAUUCUCACCACUAUGGCAUGUUAUCUUGUCAUGAUCAUGGCGGUGAGACGCAACAGGCAGCGGCUGAACGAAGUCCAAUCUCGAUCCUCUUUGAAGAUCAUCGACAACGCCACCCGAGCCAUGAUCGCUGUCUUCGUUUCCAACCUUGUCUUCGGCCUUCCCUUCUGCAUCUCCCAGCUCAUGCGCCGUAAGAUCUCGCGAAUGCUACUGAACUUCAUCUACGUUAUUUACAACACCCACCUGAUGGUCGACCCUCUGGUGUUCAUCUUCUUCAACUAUAGCCAUCGCCGGCGAGUGUGCAAUCGGAUUCGGACGGGUUGGACGUGGGCGACGGGGGUUUACAGGACGAAGGACGAAGACCGGACGAAGACCGACACCGGCUUGGACACUGAGCAGAGGACUGACUCGUGCGAAAAGUCAGGCAGCUCCUCAGUCGAAGUCAGAGGCUACACGCCCGAACACACGUCUUCGCAGAAUGAACUUCGCGUUUGAUAGUGUGUGGAUUGAAUCGAAAAUACAAAGAACCACUGAGGAUAAUUGUGACAGUGCGUUUUCUUCAUGAAAAUCAUAAAAUAUAAUUCAAAUGUAUAUAUUUUAUAUAGCAGCAGCUUCGUGUUUUACCUUCGGGAAUAAAUUACGUGUUACUAA